AUGGCUAAUGAAGAGGAUGCUGAAAAUGUAGGAGCCUUUGUGGAGGAUGUUGAAGUUGAACAACUUAGUGAAAUCAUGACAAAGAAAAGAAUUACAAAUGGAACAAAAAUGUUAAGAGAAAAAAACGUUACACAUUCGCAUGGACACGCUGAUGAUAUCCACUUGAAAGAGAAAAAUACUAACGAGAAAGUGACACCACUGUAUUAUGACCAUGCAGAGGAAGAAGAAAAAAAAAAUUAUAAUUAUCCUCUUAUUUUUAGUGACAGCUUCUAUCAAUUAAAGGAUAAUAACAUGGAAGAAAAGAACAAAUCCAACAUAUUAACGAGAGGAAAAAGUGAACCAAAUUGUUACUACGAGGAAAGGGAAGAAAAAAGAAAAGCCCCCAACAAAACCCACCAAUUAAUAAAUAAAAUGGAAACGAAAUUAAAGGAUGAUAAUCACAAAAAAAAAAAAAAAUUUAAAAAAGAUAAAUUGUUAAAUAGCUUAAACGAAAAUAAACCAAAUGAAUGUAGAACGAAAGGGGAAAAGAAAUAUUUAGCCCUUUUGAAAAGAAUAAUUAGUUCUAGGAAUGAAAAAAACAUGGAUGAUGUAGUCGAUUCGUCUCAAAAUAAAAAAAGAGAAAUCGAUAGAAACUACAACAAUUAUAUAAAAGAUAUAAACAAAGAUGAAAUUGCAAAUAUCGGAACCCACUCGCAUAUUAUAUUUGAGGAGACAAAUGAAAACAACAUUGUUACAAUUCCUCCUAAGAAAAAUAUAAACAACUGUAUAAAGGAGCACAAAGAGGAAAAGUGCGACGAAAGUGUUGGGAAAAAGAAAAAAUGGAAUUUUAAACAUAGUCUUAUUAGUCGAAUGAAACAUAAAGCGAAGCGAGAAGAUGUAUGUCAGGAAGCGAGGCAGGAAGCACAGAAAGGAGGUUUAUUCACUGGUCAAUCAUCUAAACAAGAACAUCUGAAGAAUAAAACCAAAACCAACGAACAGAGAAAACAAGAGGGAAUCCAGAUGGAAGACAAUAAUUUCAUUGUUUACAAGGUUCCAAGGUACUUGAAGAAAAAAAACAUAAAGUGCCCCUUUGUGUACAGAAAAGUAUUUUUUGGAAAAUACGGAAUUGUAAAUUAUGAUUUAAAAGGAAAUAAAAAAGGAACAUUAGUCAUAACAUUUCAUGGAUUAAAUGGGACAAAUUUAACCUUUUUAGAUAUGCAGAAAAUAUUAAUAAAAUAUAAAUUUCAAGUUCUUAAUUUUGAUCUAUAUGGACAUGGUUUAUCCGCGUGUCCAAAAUAUAACCAUAGAAAAAAAACUUAUGGAAUAGAUUUCUUUUUAACGCAGACAGAAGAAUUAUUAAAUCAUUUAAAAUUGUUACAUAAGGAUUUUUACUUAAUAGGAUUCUCUAUGGGAUGCGUAAUCGCAAUUGGUUUUGCAAAAAAGUAUAUCAAACAAGUAAAGAAAAUUAUUUUAAUAUCCCCCGUUGGCAUUUUGGAAAAAAAGCCAUUUGCACUGAAAGUUUUGAAAAUGUUCCCAUGCUUAAUUAAUAUUUCAUCUUUUUUUAUGUUACCUUGUUUUAUCUCGAAGAAAAAAUUUAAGCAUACUUCUACGAGAAAAAACAAAAGAGUUUCUAAAAGUGAAUCGAAUGAGGCAUCCAAAAAUGCUUCAAACCAUGCGUACUAUAAUGACACUCAAAACGAUUCCGAUAAUGAUUCAUCCGAUUACCUCUACAAUAGAAUAAUGUGGCAAGCAUUCGUAAAAAAAAAUAUAACUCAUUCCAUAUUAGGAUGUAUUAAUAACUUGAAAAUGUGGAGUGCUCAUGAAAUCUUCAAAGAAGUUGGACUUAACCACAUACCAGUUUUAAUUUUAUGUGGUGAAAAGGAUAAUAUUUGUAGUUCCCAUGUUUUUAAAAAUACAUCCAAAUUAUUUAUUAAUUGUCAUUUAAUUAUUUUUAAAAAUGCUUCCCACUUAGUUUUAGUUGAAAAAAGUCAUGAAAUUAAUUCUUGCGUAUUGACAUUCUUUCACUUUCCAAACAAUGCCGAUUUGAAGACAGUUCACCACAUGUUUCCAGUGGAUCAAGUGGGUAACUCAGUUCUAUACGACCAGUAA